ACCCCGAAAGAAAGUAGCCGGAUGCGACGUCACUAUCCGUCCCUCUCACUUGUGGUUUUCUGCGGUGUUAUCAAACACGUUUGAAAAUGUUGAAUAACUUCUUUUCCAUGUCAUCUAGGACCUGAUUUAACGCAGCAAAUUGUGAGACGUAUCCUGUAUGUUCGGAUGUGAUUAAGACAAAGAAAAGAAACAUUUUAGCUAAGGUAAAUAAAAGUGGGGAAAAGGGGGCAGCAUGGUAAAGCGAAGAGGAUCUAAGGCAGAUGUCGACAUAAAGAAGUCGAAGCAGGUGCUGACAGGAGCGAAAGAGAAGGUGAAGAAAAAAGAUGCAGGUUGUGACAAUGCAGAAGAGGAGGAGAAGCUCAAAAGGAGGGUCAUUCCAAAACGACGUUCCUCCUCAGGCCAAGGAGAUGGGAAUGUCUCGAAGAGGUCCAUUGGUAUCAUCGGCACGAAACACUUCCAGUCACCAGCGAAGAUUGAAGAUAAUAAACUCAGCAAUAAUGAUUAUGAUGAAAUGAUGAGUUCCGUCACCCCAGUGAGAGACGAUGUAAAGGAGGAAAAAGAGGAGAGUGAGGAAGAGGAUGAUGACUGGGAGGAGGUUGAAGAACUGGCUGAGCCUCUGGAUACAGCAGAAACCUCAGAACCAGUCCUGCCAUCUCAGCCUGUAGAGAUAGAAAUUGAGACCCCAGAAGUCCGAAAAAAACAGAAGAGGAAGGCAGAGUUUGAGAUGUACUUGAGACGGAUGAUGAACCGUUACAAGAAGGACCUGGUGAUAGACACACACAAGGUGCACCUCAUGUGUCUGUUAGCCAGCGGGAUGUUCCACAACCGCCUGUGCAGUGAACCCGACUUGCUGGCUGUCACUCUGUCAUUGCUCCCCGCUCACUUUAGUGCAGUUGCCAAGGAACGCAAAGACCACAACUAUAUAUGUGGGCUUUUAAAAUGGUUUCAAGCAACUUUCACCCUCAACCCCAGUCUUCCUUACGAGGAGCGUCCAAACCCUCGGACCCUAUUGGAGAGACGUCUGGCCAGCCUGUCGGCAAAGAACCACCAGGAGAUGACUCAUCUCUUCAUGUUGGUCCUCAGGUCUCUGCAACUGUUUUGCCGCCUGGUUCUUUCUCUGCAGCCUAUUCCUCUCAAACCUCCACCAGCUAAGGCCAAAGGAGCCACAACUUCUUCUGUCUCACUAGCAAAGACAAACCAAACCCAGGAAAUAACUAAGACCAGCUCAACUGAACAGAAAGUGUCUCCAGGCACUAAGAGGCCAGCUCGAGGAAUAAAGAGUGCCAAAGACCGGGGAGGAAAAAAAGCCAAGAGGGAACCAUUAAAGGAAGAGGAAGUAGAGGCAGACGAGAAGAUUACCUUGUCAGGAGGCCAAAGACCAAAGAACUCCAAACGGCGCAGCAUUGCCUCGAAGGUUAGCUACAAAGAAGAAAGCAACAGUGAAAAUGAGGUGGAAAGUAGUGAUGAAGACUUUCAGGCAUUCAGUGAAGAAGACAGCGACGAUUCAAAGAGUGGGACCAAAACUGUCAAGGGAGUAAAGAGUGAAGAGAGAAGCAAAAGCAAAAGCAAAGAUAAAAAAAAAAGGAACCAGAAGAAAAUGAGUGGUGUCGAAAAUGACGAGGAGAAUCACGAGGAAGGUGAAAAAAGAAUGUCGAGCAGUAAAGGAAAGCAAAAGGGGAUGAUAAAGAAAAAUGGUUUUGGAGCUGAUGAGUGGUUGGAGGUGUUCGUGGACAAAACCUCCUCGUGGGUAUGCGUUGAUGUGGAACAUGGAGUGGGAGAGCCUCACCGCUGCUUCCAGAAUGCAACAUGGCCAGUCACGUAUGUGGUGGGUGUGGACGGAGAUGGCUUUCUGAAGGACCUUGGCCGGAAGUACGACCCCACCUGGAUGACAUUGACCAGGAGGAGGCGGGUGGAGGAGGAGUGGUGGGAGGAGACGCUGCAGCCGUUUCAGAGACCACAAGAUGAGCGGGACAUAAAGGAGAAUAAGGAGAUGGAAAAGAAGUUGCUGAACAAACCCUUGCCCAUCUCCAUCACUGAAUACAAGAACCACCCACUGUACGCCUUAAAGAGACACCUGCUCAAGUAUGAAGCCAUCUAUCCCGACACGGCUGCCAUACUUGGAUACUGCCGGGGAGAGCCGGUAUACUCCAGAGAUUGUGUCCACACGCUACACUCCAAAGACACGUGGCUGAAAGAAGCACGGACUGUCAGGAUAGGAGAACUACCCUACAAAAUGGUGAAAGGCUUCUCUAAUCGUUCCCGUAAGGCUCGAAUGAUGACCGAGCAGAAGGACGCAAACGACCUUGCUCUGUUUGGAGAAUGGCAGACGGAGGUGUAUCAACCUCCAAUUGCUGUGAAUGGAAAGGUUCCCCGCAACGACUACGGCAACGUCUACUUGUUUAAGGCCUGUAUGCUCCCAGUGGGCUGCGUUCACCUCAAGCUAUCCAACCUCCACCGCGUGGCCAAGAAGCUGGACAUGGACGCUGCCCCUGCAGUCACUGGCUUUGACUUCCAUGGAGGAUAUUCGCAUGCGGUCACUGACGGUUACAUUGUGUGUGAGGAGCACGAGGAGAUCCUCAAAGCUGCCUGGGAGGAAGAACAAGAGGUUCAAAAACAGAGGGAGAAAGAGAAAAGAGAAAAGAGGGCAAUCUCCAAUUGGACUCAGCUUGUGAAGGGCCUUCUGAUCAGAGAGCGUCUAAAGCAGCGUUAUGGCACGAAGGGCCAGGCUACAGGAGGGCUCCGGCCCCCUACUACUGACGGAGACAAAUGUGAUGGCCUUUCGUCGGAUGAAGGGGGUGUUGGGGAAGAGGAGAAUACCAGUGCUAAAACUGCGUUGGAGACACUGGCUCUGUCUUGGCCCCAAAACAGGCAAGCAGAGGAAGAGAAAGGGGGAAGUGUCAGCAGAAAGAAGACAAAGCUGGAGAGGAGAGCCAAAGAGAAACAUUUGUUCCCCUUUGAGAAAGUAUGAUGCUGCAAGACUUUUCACUUUCCGUGUUACUUUGUACUUUUCACGUCACUGUUCAUUCAAUGCCCUUCUGAGUACACUCCGUAUGCAUACAGUUAGUUAUUGGUGGUUUUAUUGACGAGUAAAUCAUAAUUGGUAAUGAACACUGCAUGGAGAGUUUUCACUGAAAAGAAGCUGAAAGGUGUCAUUAUGAAUGUUUGACAUGACCACAUAACUUUCAUUUUCCCCAUCAGUCGGGCCUCUUGGGUUGCAUUCAUAUAUUUUAUAUAUCUAAAGGAAACUGUACACAUGGAUGUACACUGCCUCUUUUUCUUUCAUGCUGUUGCAAGUAUCGGUACUACAUGUCUGUUUGCCGCUAUAUGUUGAACUUCACAUGAUAAAACCCAGAAAAAUAAAUUAGUGGACUUCCAGUUUACAGGUAGAUAUCGAUAAAUUAAAACUGUGUCAAAAGUUUAUAAGUUGUUCAAAAAGUAAAGCUCAAAAAAUGAUUUUAAGCGCACUCUGAGUGAAAUAUUUUUCCAUGUUAAAUGCAUCUGCUUACUUUGUAAUGUAUGUGUACUGAAAUACAUGGACUUUUCUCCCAUAUUGUAAUUUAUUGAGACUUUCCUAAUUGCUCAGGCCUUUGAAUCACUUGUAACCGGACUGUUCUGUUUGUAUAGAUGACAUUUCACCUCUCAUCCACGCAUACCUGAAUGCUGUGAUUGAUACCAUAACUAUGGGUUGAGGAUAUAAUUGUAUGAACCUGAAAUCUUUCAAUUUCUAUUUUUUAUACCUGUUGUCUUCUGGCAUAUGGUGUAUACAUGUACAGCACAGUAAGUCAUUUAUUUAUACAAAUAUGUAAAACAAAGUUCAAACAUCAGACACUCAUCUUUGAUAGCUCUUGAAGAAAUCUUUUGGGAAGCAGUUUAAAUUUCCUUUGGGUCCUAUGUUUCAGUCUCCUGCUGCAGGACUGUUUUGCCAAAUGGCGAAGUUGGUUGUGGAUAUUUGCAUUCUUCAUUGAAAGUGAUUUUUUUUUUUGUAAGUGAAUAUUGAAAUAUAAUU